AUGCCCCAACCCUCGCCAGCGUUUCCCUAUGGUCAGCCGCCUCCACAACAGUAUCCUCCAGCCCCGUACCAGCAGCCAACGUCUCCGACGGUUGGCCAGCAGCGCCAGUAUCCUGGCCAGGGUCAUGUUCCUCACCAACAGCAGCCUUCUCAGGCGUUCGCCGUCAAGUGCGGACCGAUGAUCCGUUACCAGAGCCUGGAUUUGCAUAACGGACACUGGAUUGGAUCUGUGUUGGUGGUGUCGAAGCCCGAGGCCUAUGGACAGCCGGCGCCGGUGUUGACCUGGUCCGAUGGACGGGCGGGACCGCAGAUGGUGGCGGCUCAGCCGAUUGAUACGUUCAACCAGUCGGUCUUCUGGAGGUUUGCGUUGGUGAUUCCGCAGGAUAUGCAGGCGACCAAGAAGAUCACGUACUCCAUCAAUGGGGGACCAAGUUAUUGGUUCUUUGUCGCGGGCAGGGCAGAGUCCUUUAGGUGGAUGUUUUAUAGUUGCAACGGCUUCUCGUCUGCCACGGAUUCUGGCGCCAACCCACUAUGGAACGACGCAAUGGCAAAGCACACGGAGCACCCUUACCAUGUAAUGAUCGGAGGAGGCGAUCAGCUUUACUGCGACAGUCUGUUGGAGGAGAAUGAAAUGAAAGAAUGGUUGAAGGGCUCGUUUCUGGAGCGGGAAAAAGCGCCUUGCACACCCAAAUGGACCAGUGCAAUCGAGAACUAUUAUUUCAACCGUUACUGCACCUGGUUCUCCCAGGGUACCUACGGACAGGCGCUGGCGGCGAUCCCGACGAUUAACAUGUGGGAUGACCACGACACGAUUGACGGAUAUGGUUCGUAUCCGGAUCCGAUACAGAAGAGUCCAGUGUUGACAACGAUCGGUGCAGUAUCACAUCGGUUCUACCUGCUCUUCCAACAGCACACGACUCCGGCUUUGGUUCCCCAGCAUGGAUUCUUCUCUGCGGGCGUGGGCGAGAACAUUUUGACAUCGUUGGGACCAUCGACGACUAUCUUGGCUCUGGACGCACGCUCGGAGAGGACGAAACAUGUGGUCUGCUCAGAUCAGACGUAUGAUCUGGCGUUCUCGAAGAUGUAUCAAGAGAUCCCGCAGGGGACGAGACAUCUGUUGGUCCAGCUCGGUGUACCGAUUGCGUACCCACGCUUGGUGUUUGCCGAGAACUUGAUGGGCAGUGUUGGAUCCAUUCUUGGAAACAUCGCGAGCGCGAAGGGUGUGGUUAAUAAGCUGAAUGGCGAGCCCGAGCUCUUGGACGACUUGAACGAUCACUGGACCGCCAAGGCACACAAGGCAGAGCGCAACAAGUUCAUCACCCGCCUUCAGGGUUUCGCGAACGACCGUAAGAUCCGGGUCACCUUCAUCUCGGGCGACGUGCACUGUGCGGGCGUGGGUCGGUUCACGGCCAAGAUUGCACCCGCAGAGAAGGACCCGCAACUGAUGUACCAGGUGAUUUCAUCCGCGAUCGUGAACGAACCCCCACCCGAGGGUGUGAUCAAGUUGCUGCAUUUCCAGGACAAGGUCCAUAUUCUCGAGGGACGGGUCAAGACCUACGAGGACAUGUACCCGAUGUUCACGCAGGAUGUGGAUGGGAAGCCGUUGCAGAUGGACAAGUUGAUGCGGAGGCGGAAUUAUUCGCAAGGGCAAUAUAAUCAUCAUACGGGAGCAAUGGAGGUUUUGAUCUUUGUGGAGAAUAUUCGUGGUGGGCCUGAACAUACGCCUGGAGCGGAUAAGGGAACGAAGCCCUAUACAAUUCAUGUCCCGCGGUUGGAGGCAUAA